GCUGGAAAGUUGACAUUAGCUGCAAUCCAUCCAUUGGGCGGAGCACGAGAUCGACUGGCAUCUUAACUAAUGGAAACAAAGACUUGCAGAAAGGGCCCUCCCAGAGAAGGGGAUCCGGAGAAGGUGGCGGCAGCGGCAGCGGCAGCGAUCGUGGCCCAUCGCGAUCUCGGCGCAGGGCUGGCUGUAUUUCGAAGCUCACCUUUGACCUUUCCUUGUCUGCCUGCGUCCUCUGUUGACUUGUGACCCCAGGUCCUUGGGAGCUACUUUGACUCAACUAGACAGACCCCAGACCCAGACCAUGUUCCCGGUGAAGGUGAAAGUGGAGAAAUCAGAGAUGGAGAUGACCAAGGCCCGGAACCAGUUGGACGCAGUUCUUCAAUGUCUUCUGGAGAAGAGUCACAUGGACAGGGAGCAUCUAGAUGAGGAAGCCGGGAAGACCCCCACAGAUUCCCACAGCAAGGAUUGCUCCAUUACAGCCACCGGCAAACGGCCAUCAGCACGCUUCCCUCACCAGCGGAGGAAGAAGAGGAGAGAGAUGGAUGAUGGACUGGCUGAAGGAGGACCCCAGCGGUCCAACACAUAUGUGAUCAAGCUGUUUGACCGGAGUGUGGACUUGGCCCAGUUCAGCGAGAAUACCCCCCUAUACCCCAUCUGCCGUGCCUGGAUGCGCAACAGCCCCACAGUCCGUGAGCAGGAGCGCUCACCUGGCUCCCCACUGCCCCCACUGCCUGAGGACGAGGAGGGUUCAGAGGUCACCACCAGCAAGAACCGGGAUGUCUACAAACUGCCUCCACCCACAGCCCCUGGAGAAGCCUGCAGGUCCCGCAUACCAUCUCCCCUGCAGAGCACCCCAGAGGAUGAGCCCUCAGAGCCAGAACCCUCAACUUCUUCACUCAUCUACUGCAACAUGCAGCGCUGGAAGCGUAUCCGGCAGAGGUCGAAGGAGGCGUCUCAUCGAAACCAGCUUAGGUAUUCAGAGAGCAUGAAGAUUCUACGGGAGAUGUACGAGCGCCAGUGAUGACCCCCACGCCCUCCCCCAAUAAACAUCCCCACCACCA